AUGACGCCACAAGGGCCCAUCUGGUUCUCAGGCCAGGGACAGCCACAGAGGCCUAGGAAGGAAGAGCUAAGGAUUGUGUUGCUUGGGAAAACAGGAGAUGGAAAGAGCAGUGCUGGGAAUAUCAUCCUAAAUGACAGAGUGUUCCCUACCAAAUCAUCGCGCAAUUCUGUGACCGACCAGUGUGUAACAGUGUCAGGGGUCACACAAGGGAGACCUUUAAAAGUGACUGACACACUUGGAUUUUUUGACACUGAUCGUCCAGAUGGAAUACCGAAACGUGAACUUGUAAGAUGUAUCACUCACUGUGAUCCAGGAGUUCAUGCCUUUCUCAUUGUACUUAAAGUUGGAACAUACACAAAACAAGAGAUGGAGGUAGUACAAAAAAUAGAAAGAUCUUUUGGGGAAGAUGCACUCAAAUAUUCAGUGGUUCUUUUCACUCGUGGUGAUCAACUCAAUGAUGGUCAAACCAUUGAGGACUUUGUUGGGGAGAGUGAAGAGUUACAGGAGCUUGUUGAUAAGUGUGGGGGACGCUGUCAUGUGAUUGACAAUAAGUAUUGGAAUCAGCAGCAAGAUGAGUUCAGAAACAACAGUGUUGAGAUACAGAAACUACUGGGCACUAUUGAAGCAAUGUUAAGAGAAAAUGGUGGUAACUACUACACCAAUGAAUUGCUGCAGAUGAUUGAGGAGGAUAGAGGAAACAUGUCCCCAGAUGAUGUGUUCAAGAAAUAUUUGAAACUGUUUGCAGGGAUAUCAACUGGAGUAUUGCUGGGUGCAUUUCUUGGAGUUGUAGUUUUAGUAGGUGCAGUUGCGUGCUUCAUCAGAGGACUUUCAGAUGGAAAAACAGAUGCGGUUAUGGUAAGAAAUGUAGCAAGAGCUGGAGCAGCAGCAGUAGCAACAACAUCAGCAGGAGCAGGAGCAGGAGUAGCAGAGACUGGAGCUGGGAUUAGUGUUGCAGCAGGGGCAGGUAUAGCUGCUGGUGUGGUUGUUGGUGCAGCUGCCUUGACUGGAGCAGUAGUAGGGGGAAUGGAAGGGUAUGAAGCAGCAGAAGAAGCAGAAACUGGCCUUCGCCUGAGACCAGGAAUAGAGUAG